UAGGACACAGCCGAUCCGGAUCCGAAACGCUGCAGAAGAGGAGAAGACAUCAACCAAGCGAGAAGAAGGAGAUGCGGCCUAGCGGCGAUCGUCGGAAUCGAUAUAAAUAGCCAACGCCUUGUCGCGGUCCGUUGUCAGAUUUAGAUUCCAACGUGCAGCAGUAGCAGCAGCAGCAGCAGCAGCAGCAACAGUGGCAGUGCUAGUUCCUUCUUCGUCGUGUGUUGUCUAGAACAGGAAACAACAGUGAUCAUGGUGGUCAGCAUGAACAGGAAGAUUACCGUCGGUGUGCUGAUGGUGCUGGCAGUGAGUGUGUGUGUGGCAGCCGACAAGGAUGCGGUAGUGCUGCGACAGGACGCGGAAGUCAAUCCCGAUGGCACCUACCAGUACGCGUACGAAACAUCGAACGGUAUUACGGCCGCCGAACAGGGCACCCUGAAGAACGUUGGCGAUGAACAGGCACAGGUCGCCCAAGGACAGUACUCGUACACCGAUCCCGAGGGUAAUCUGAUCAGCGUUCAGUACAUCGCGGACGAGAACGGAUUCCAGCCACAGGGUGACCAUCUGCCGACGCCACCACCGAUCCCGGAAGCGAUCGAGCGUGCACUGCGACUGCUGGCCAACCUUAGCCGGAACAAGUGAGGGGUAGCUCCAGUAGCGGAGCCAGUAAGCGAUAAGUUUAGUGAUACCGAUAUUCCGGGCUGCCUUGGCUGCCAGCUAGUCAUUCCGUUUCCGUCAGCGAGCGAGUGAGAUGAUUGAUGAAAGCAGAUAAUAAAAAAA